AUGCCGAUUUGCAACUGCCUCACAGGUGAAGUGAAGCAACUAGCUAUAGACUAUAUAAGGUGAUCCUGGUCUGGAGAAGCCAGAGAGAGAGAGCUUGGAUCUCACACGUUCAACAGCUGUGCACUAUAGUCUAUAGAAGAGCUACAUCUUGUCAGGAGGAGCAAUCUAAUAUUCAUGAGACAUGGCUUCUAGAUACAGCAGUGUAUACAACAGUGGCAACCCACACGAGGCCAACAGUAACUACUGGAGGACAGCCUCAUUCAGCUCCACCUACACCAAGAGCAGCUUACCCAGAGAGAGGCGCCCGUACAAAGCCCUGCAGUGUCUCACCUCAUUCUAUAAUGCAAAGAUUAUCACGGUUGAACCUGUCAUCUUUCUCUUCAUGUUUGCUUACUACUUCUACAAAGUUGUCUUUGAGUUGUACGUCUUUAAUCGACUCGGCCGAGAGACUAUCCAAGAACAUAAUGAGUACAACAUCACGACGUUUAACCAUUGUCUGACCACCCAGGAUAUCAACAACUUCACAUGGACCAACAGUAGCAGCACACCACCUGGAAACACUGUGGAAACAAGACUGGCUCAUCUCACACUGAUUGUAGGAGUUACUGCUCGCCUCCCCUCCGCUGUAACCACACUCAUCUUUGGUCCUAUCUCUGACAGAUUUGGUAGGAAACCAACGCUCAUCAUCAGCCUAGUGGGGAUGCUAUUGAACUCUAUAGUCGCUAUUGUAAUUGUACUGUACACUGAAAAUAUCUAUUUCUUUAUCCUUGGAGCUGGAUUGAGAGGAAUGUGCGGAGGGAUCGCUGGUAUCUUCACUGCUUGCUACUCAUACAUUGCAGACGUCAGUUCUAAGAAAUGGUUGAUUGUGCGCCUGGGUUUGUUGGAAGCCAUGACCUUUGCAGCCGGGACUCUUAGUUUAGUAACUGCAGGUGUUUGGACGCAACUCAACAACUGUAGCUUUGGUCCACUGGUGUGGGUCACUCUCGGUUGUAUGGUGGUGGCUAUUCCGUAUACUCUGUUUCUUCUACCGGAGUCUCAGGAUAAGGAGGAUAUAAAAGAGGAGAAGAGGCCCAAGCCUCAAGCCGGCCCCAAGGCAUUAUUGAGAGGAUUACAGAUCUUCUUUGGACGUGGUUACCCUCGUUGUAAACUGUGGCUAUUGUUACUAGUCAUGAUAGUAACCAUCCUCAACACGACUGGUACCAUGGCGAUCAUCACUCUGUUCCUGUUGCAUGACCCCAUUGAGUGGACUCCUAUACACAUCGGAGGUUAUCUAGCAACCAGUGAAAUGAUGCAUGGUCUGGCACUGGUAGUGGUGCUCCCUCUCCUGGUGUGUAUGGGCAUAAAGGACAGUUUGAUAGCCAUUAUUGGUCUUAUUCUGAGCAUUGGAGCUAAUGUCAGCCUUGGCUUUGCAGACAAGACAUGGCAGAUAUACACAAUUGGAGCUAUUCUGAGUGUGGAUGCUCUGAUUCUUCCUGGGGUGAAAGCCAUGAUGACCAAGACUGUACAACCGGUGGACCACGGAGCUUUGUUUUCAUUUGUGUCAGCAGCCCAAGUGCUGGCUAGUGUGCUGGGCUUUGCUGUGUUUGUGCCAGUGUACACAAUGUCUCUAGCCAUUGAUUGGUACCAUGCUAGUGGCCUCUCCUUCCUCAUCAUGGCUGCACUGUACGGCUGUAUGCUACCCAUCAUGAUGGUGGUGUGGUGUCUGCAGAGACGAGAGGAGAGUGCCCCUCCCCCUUCCCCUCAAUCCCCUCCUCAUAUGAUCACCUCUCCCUCGAUUACUAGCCCCCCGAGACUAACAGGAGAGCAUGAGAAACUGUUUACACAUGUUCAAUCAGAGUUAGGACAAGACAUCUUGGAGAGAAGGAGCUUGUUUGGAUCCUUUGGUGCCUCCACAGAACUAGAGAGGAGCUGCCAAAGCUCUAGAUCUGGGAGCUUCAGAUCUUAUUAUUGAUCCCAUUGUGUGUGUUUAUGAAUCACUGCUUUUGUGUGCUGGUCACUAUUACUAUACUAUUGAGUGUUUGCAUUCUCUUGUGAUGCAUUGUCUGUUUGCUUUGUAUCAAUCCUUACCCAACAUG